AUGCCGUCCCGCUGCCACAGCAACCAGACGGCCCAGAGCGGCGACAACACGUCCAACUCUGACCAGGCGCAGCUCCACAACAGCUGGGUGCUCAACAGCAACAUCCCCCUCGAGACCAGAUCUGCAUGCACCUUCUGGCCUCUGCCCAAGCUCAGCGAUUUGCACCUAUCCAAGUUCAGACAGCCCCAGGGUCUGCUCCUCCUGCCUCCCGCUGAGCUCCCCUCUCAUUUCCGCCAACAUUUCCUGUUCAAACAAGGCUCUGGUUCGUCGGCGCUCCUCUCUGGGGCGGGACAGGGUUACCCCCUCACCUCUGGGACGGUGUACUCUCCCCCUCCACGACCCCUCCCUCGCAGCAGUGUGACCCGCCCCCUCUUCACAUUCAACAAACCGCACCGCUGCUGCAACUGGAAGUGCACGGCCCUGUCGGCCUCUCUGCUCACGCUCACACUGGCGCUGCUCCUCACAUACGUCAUCGACCACAGCGGCUCGUUGUUCCUCUUCAACCUUGGCCCCAGCCUCGUCUUCCCUUCAGUGCCCCGGAGCAGACACCCCCGGCCAGUGAUCACCUCCGCCCUCGCACCAUCGGCUUGCCAGUUCAUUUCCCUCCUGUGGUGGCGCUCAAGGUCAAGGCGCAGAGCGGGGGGAUAA